AUGGAGGUGGGGUGUGUCUUAGGGAGCUUCAUCCUCAAGUCCGCACAGCAAGAGGAGGCUCUUCAUCGCAUCUGGUACGCUCUCAGGAGGUGGCGACUGGUCUCUCGGCGGAUCGUCCUCUUCCCGAUGAUGGCUUGUUCGUCGAUCAAUUGGAGAUGA